AUGAAGACGAAGCUGGAGGACUUGAUUGACCCGGCGGGGUGGUUGGAGUGGAACGGCAGCUCCCCGCCGAGCACGUUGUACUACGGGGAGUUCAUGAACACUGGCACCGGCGCCGACACGAGUAGGAGGGUGAAUUGGAGUGGUUAUCACGUGAUCAAUAACUCGUCUGAAGCUGAAAAAUUCACCGUCGGAAGCUUCUUGUCCGGCGACUCGUGGAUACCAUCCACCGACGUUCCUUACACGUCAGGCCUAUAA